ACAACGGGAACUACGAACCUGCAGCCUGCAAAAAGGAGACCCCAAACACAGUAAGAUAAGCAAAAUGAAAAGACAGAAAAACACACAGCAGAUGAAGGAGCAAGGUAAAAACCCACCAGACCUAACAAAUGAAGAGGAAAUAGGAAGUCUACCUGAAAAAGAAUUGAGAAUAAUGAUAGUAAAGAUGAUCCAAAAUCAUGGGAAUAGAAUAGACAGGCGGUCUGAGGAAUGUCAACUAUUCAACAUGGAGGCGGAGGUCAAUAAGCUGGAUCUGAUGUUCCAGAAGGCUGACUCUGAUCUGGAUUACAUUCAGUACAGGCUGGAAUAUGAAAUCAAGACUAAUUAUCCUGAUUCAGCAGGCAAGAAAAAUCCUGUUACACUCUUAAAGGAAUUGUCAGCAAUAAAGUCUCAAUAUCAAACUUUGCAUGCACACUUUAAACCAGUUGCUGUCGAGCAUAAAGAGACUAAGAGCCGCAUUUGUGCUACUUUCAAUAAGACUAUAACCUUGAUACAAGAACUACAAAAGCAAACAGACCUGAAGCUGUUACCAUUGACUGAAGAAGAGAAAACUGCGGCACAGCAAUUAAGAGCUCACAUGUCAGACUUAUGAUGAAGAAAUGGACUUGCAAAAGGUAACUCUAAUGGGGAAGAGAUCAAUUCCAGAGAGAUUUAGGAAGCUGUCUUGUUAGCAUUUGAUGACUGUGGUGGGGGGAUGACAAAGGAGAUUUGGCUUGGGUUACUGGAUAGUGAUGCCUUCCACAGAGAGGGGAAUACAAGAAGAAGGGCAGAUAUU